ACUAGUAAUCAGUAUUAUGGACAAGCUGAAAAGAGUACUGAGUGGUAAUGAUUCUCCUGAUGAAGAGAGUGGUAUAAUGUCUCAAUUUGAUGAUGGUGCAACUUUUAGUUGGUCCACACGAAUUAAAGGCUUUCUGGCAUGCUUCAUAGUAGGAAUAUUAUUAUCGUUUUUGGGUUCUUUUGCCUUAUUUUUGCACAGAGGCUUACCUGUUUUUGCCGUAUUUUAUACCCUAGGCAAUAUAACUUCCAUAGCUAGCACAUGUUUUCUGAUGGGUCCUUUCAAUCAGAUAAAGAAAAUGUUUGCACCUACUAGAUAUAUAGCAACCAUAUUAGUGCUAGUAUCAUUCAUUUUAACAUUAGUUUCAGCAUUAGCGUUGGGGAAGCCAGUACUUGCACUCAUAUUUAUAAUAAUACAGUCAUUAGCAAUGACUUGGUAUUCCCUGUCAUAUAUUCCAUACGCCAGAGAUGCUGUGAAGAAAACUGUAUUGACUUGCAUAGUUUAGGGAAUAAUGUACUUAAGAUUUUUUGUAUAUACACCUGUAUUAAUUUUAAUUUAUCAUUGUUGUACCCCUUGUCAUGAAUAAUCAUAGAUCUCUUACAAUUAUUAUUAAAUAAAUAUUUUUGCAGACUG